CUCGCACUGACAUUCAUUUCGUCGUGGUCGUCGAACUCUAAUCCACAAGAAUCCGAGAAGUCGCUGCGUAGAAGUUGAAAUUUGUGGUGUAUUUUCCAUCGUGUGUCGUAUACUCCUGCGUAUCGUGUCAUCCUGGCUUCCAAAAUGUCUUUUGUUUCGUUGUAGCGUGCUGAUUUUUUUUUGACGGAAACUUUAGUUGCAAUAUGGCCUUCAUAUUUCCGACGUGAGUCUCUUCUGCGCAUCGUCCACUGUAGCUCCGCUCCUUCGAGGAGGGAAGCACGCCACAGGUGCACGUGCUCCCCCAAAACCCAGCACGAUGCCGAAGAGAAACCGGUGUAAGAGCCGUUCGAAGUUCGCCGCUGUGGCCGUGGCGUCCGCUUCAGGGACCGCCAAACAUGCUCUCGCGUACGGUGAUGCGGCAAAGCGGCAAGCGGCAAGAGGCAUUGGUGAACGCUCAGGGCAAGGUGGACGAGUUAGAUGAACAGUUGGAGGAGACAGACAUCGACGUGAACGCGGGGAAUGCUGCUGCGGGAAAAGGUAAAAAGAUUUUUUCUACCGCACACACACGCGUUAAUAGCGUUUGUUCGUAGCAUGAUUUGAUCUUUGUUUUGCUCCUGACUGUGAGUCGAAGAAGAUGUGGCGUCGCGGAAGUAGAUCUUGGAUCUUUUCUUGAAGCCAUAUAAUACUUUUAUAACAGGGGAAUCAGAGGACACCAGCUUUGUGCAGACCUCAAGGUUCCGCUGGAUGCCCUCGUUCUUUGGAGGAAACGGCUUCAAGUGUUACUCGAAUGGGGGAGCGUGUUUUUUCAGUAAGGACGGCUCAGGUCACCAGGCGCCGCGAGAAUGCUGCAUACCCUUCAACGACAAGACAUGCGUCGAGAAUCAAUCUGCCGACAAAGAACAGUGCAUACAAAUCAAGAAGAACGGGGGAGAGUACAAGUCCGGAAACAACCAUGGAGCGGAGUUAAUAGAAGAGAUUCGGCAACGGAAUGAACAGGCCCUCGAUCCAUUUAGUUGUCAUCACGUCAGUAUCCAGUGCAAAAAUGUCUGGGUCUGGAUGACGUUGCCGGAAAAUGCAAAAAGCGGCUUUUUUCACUUGCGAGACAUUUGCUCGAUGUUUGCGCGGUGUUUGUAAACAUUGGCAAUAUUUUCAAAUAUUGCGACCACUUCGAAGCAUUCACAAAACCGGACGGCCUUCCGAGCCCAUGGCGCGCGGCAAUCGCCUCGGAAGGCGUUCCGAUUUUGUGAGUAUUUGGAAAGGUUCAGAAUAUUCGCAAAGAAACUACUUCCGAAUAUGUUCGAAAUCACAACACGCGGCUAGGUCCUCGGAAGGCGCUCCGAUCUUGCGAAUGUUCGGAAAUGGUCACAAUAUUCGCAAAGAAGUUUUUUCAAAUAUCUUCGAGAAUAUUGCAGCGCGUGGCAGGCGCCCCGGAAGGCGCUUUGGGUUUGUGAAUGUUUGAAAACGUUCAAAACAUUCCUACAGAAAUCAUUCCCAAAAAUAUUCGAAAACAUUUACAACGCGCCACUAUCGCCUCGAAAGGCGUUCCGAUUUUGUGGAUUUUUAGAAAUAUCUACCGCGCCGAAUACCUCGCUCGCGCGCGAAUAUCUCGCAAACCCCCUGCCAAUAUUUUCCGGACUUUGUUACUUUUCUGUUGGCGUCAUGGUCAUCCAGACCCAGACAUAUUUGCGCUGGAUAGUCCACGGGAAGUGCUACAUUCCGGCGCGUGAAGCGCCGAAACAGUGCUGCAUCAGCGUCAUGGUCGCCUCUGCGACAGAGCUAGUUGGGUACAAGUGUGUGGAGGGUGCGGCGGAGGGAUUUAGGCACAAGCCGGUUUAUUGUCAGGAGCUGUGCUGGGGCUUUGUGAAGCGUGCGGACACAAUCGACGAAACCCAGUGAAAACCGAAAGAAAAUAGUAAAGGGCUGGAGGGAGGGCUUUCGGGGCACUCAUUAGUUCGCCACUAUUGCUAUUCAUUUUCAAACCUCCGCGACGUGGUCGGUAGGCGGGCGAGAAUAUUGAGUAUCAUUGUACGAUCGAAACAUCGACGAGGAGAUAAUUUUCGUUUUACUGAAAAACAAAAAGAGACAAAAAAUGUAUGCAGGAUUGGUCUCACGCUGUCGAUGAUAUGAUGUGUUUUACAAGCGCGUCAGGAAACUUCUUCGCGUUCUAUCUUUUGUAUCUGCAGCGUGAACGUUUGCACAUGCAGUCUUCAUUGUUAU